CUGGGUGGGGGGGUGCCCACAUCCAAGAUGGCGCCCCCAGGAGCUGGGAGCGGGUGACCGGCGGCGGGGAAGCGGCCUGGGUUGGCCCUACGAUUACGGGGUCCUGGGGGCAUCUCGCCGGGUACCCCCUGGCCCGCCUGCAAGGCCUUCCCCGUCCAGAGCAAUGGCCGCCGAGAACAGCAAGCAGUUUUGGAAGAGGAGCGCCAAGCUGCCGGGGAGCAUCCAGCCUGUGUAUGGAGCGCAACACCCCCCUCUGGACCCUCGGCUCACCAAAAACUUCAUCAAAGAACGGUCAAAAGUCAACGCGGUUCCUUUGAAGACUAAGAAGGCCUCCAGUUUCCAUGAGUUUGCCCGGAAUACCAGUGAUGCUUGGGACAUUGGCGAUGAUGAGGAAGAGGACUUUUCCUCCCCUUCUUUCCAAACUCUAAACUCAAAAGUUGCUCUGGCGACCGCAGCCCAAGUCCUAGAAAACCACAGCAAGCUGAGGGUGAAACCAGAACGCUCCCAGUCAACAACAUCCGAUGUUCCUGCCAGCUACAAGGUCAUAAAGUCCAGCAGUGACGCUCAGCUGUCCAGAAAUUCCAGUGACACAUGCCUGAGGAAUCCACUCCACAAACAGCAGUCACUCCCUCUCCGACCCAUCAUCCCCCUGGUUGCCCGCAUCUCGGACCAGAAUGCUUCCGGGGCGCCCCCGAUGACCGUCCGGGAGAAAACCCGCCUAGAAAAAUUCCGUCAGCUUCUCUCCAGCCACAACACUGACUUAGAUGAACUGAGGAAGUGUAGCUGGCCGGGGGUUCCCAGGGAGGUUCGACCCAUAACCUGGAGACUCCUGUCGGGCUAUCUCCCAGCAAACACCGAGAGGAGGAAGUUGACCCUGCAGCGGAAGCGGGAGGAAUAUUUUGGCUUCAUUGAGCAGUAUUAUGACUCUCGAAAUGAGGAACAUCACCAGGAUACCUACCGACAGAUUCACAUCGACAUUCCAAGGACAAAUCCUCUCAUUCCAUUGUUCCAGCAGCCGCUUGUACAGGAGAUCUUCGAAAGAAUUCUAUUUAUUUGGGCCAUCCGACACCCUGCCAGUGGGUACGUCCAGGGAAUUAAUGACCUGGUCACUCCGUUCUUUGUCGUCUUCCUCUCAGAAUAUGUGGAAGAGGACGUGGAGAACUUUGACGUGACCAAUUUGUCUCAGGACGUGCUUCGAAGCAUUGAAGCCGACAGCUUUUGGUGCAUGAGCAAGCUGUUAGAUGGGAUCCAGGAUAACUACACCUUUGCACAACCAGGGAUCCAGAAGAAGGUCAAGGCGCUGGAAGAGCUCGUCAGCCGGAUUGAUGAGCAGGUACAUAAUCACUUCAGGAGGUACGAGGUCGAAUACCUACAGUUUGCCUUUCGUUGGAUGAACAACCUGCUCAUGCGGGAGCUUCCCCUUCGCUGCACCAUCCGCCUAUGGGACACAUACCAGUCUGAACCGGAAGGGUUCUCCCACUUUCAUCUCUACGUGUGUGCAGCCUUCUUGAUCAAGUGGAGAAAAGAGAUCUUGGAUGAGGAGGACUUUCAGACCGUAGGUGUGGACGAAGGUGGAGGCAGGGAGACUGCCCAGCAGGCUGUUGGAGUCCUCCAGGGUCUCCUGAUGCUGCUACAAAACCUACCUACGAUCCAUUGGGGCAACGAAGAGAUUGGGCUACUGCUCGCCGAGGCGUACAGACUGAAGUACAUGUUUGCCGAUGCCCCCAAUCACUACCGCCGAUAGGUGCUGUCUCCCCAGGGGGGACCCAGACUGUCCCCAUCUCUGAUGGCAAUCUGAUCACUGUGGCCACUGUGCGAGCCGUGGACUCAGGCCAGGAACCACUCCUGCUGUAAAAAGCUCACAUCCGCCGCCCAGGUCUUAACUCUUUGGCGUGCCUGUCCACCACUCCAUGUCUCUGGAUAUGUUUCUUGGACCACUCUCAGUAUUCCAUGACAUGUGGAUGGGCCCAGCUCUGGGAGAGGACAGGAAAGGAGGUACAGGGUUGUCUGCCCCUUUAAAAGAAACUGGACAGAAGAAGGGGAAGGCUCAGGGUCUCAACUCACAUUGUCCCUACACGGACGGACUGUCUCUUGCCUCCCGGCCCCAACUGACGCCGUUGCUUUUUGUGACAUGGUUUCAUUUGAUCACAGGUCAAAAAACGCCUUAUGUUUUCAAAAGACUCCUGGCCCCUCCCCCCUCCCUCCCUCCCUGGUUCCUAGCCCUUCCCCCUCUGCCCUCGUGUGAGCCAGUGAGGGGCAGUUUUAGACUGUUGUUCUCAGAUGGAGGAGGCACUGAUGCUUAUAAGUCUGGGAAGAGGCCUACACCCAAGGGCUAGGAAUUUUAGUUUUCCUUUUCUCACCAGAUGUCUGUAUGUGUGCCUGCGUUUGUGUGUGUACGUGGGUAUCCACACCCCUCGGCAUUUAGUUACGUGUCCGAAUCAUGUGUCCAGACCAGCCCUGUCACGACCCGCUGGGAAGGGCCCCCCGGUGACCAAGUAUAGAAGCAUCCCUUGAGAAGGAUCAGGGCAGGGGGAGGGAGAAGGGGCUUUUUACCUCUCCAAACCCUUUUUCCAUGAUGACCCACUCCAAGAUAUUAUGUGUAAAUUGUGUUAUUAUGUAUAUGGGUAAAGAUGUACAAAUAUACGUCCUCUUUGUAGCA